AUGGGUGGUGACUUUCCGGUAAGUUUCAAUAGGGUCAGUGAAACGGCCAAAACAGUUUCACCUGGCCCGUCUCAAACGGUGGACGGUAAAGGCUCAUCAAAUCCGUUGAUGGCUGAGGCUUUGCCCAAAAGCCUACAACAGGUACAGAUUAGUUCAAAGACAGACGAGGGCAAAAACGUUGCCCUCUCACUAGAUCAGACUGCCCAACUUCUGGCUCAGAACUACUAUUCACCCCCUUGCCUGCAGUCAACCAGUCAGCAGUUAGAAGAUCUAAUUUCAUUUCAGACAGCUCAGACUUCUCCAAGAAGCAACCCGUCAUCAUCAAGAUCGACGAAGACAAAGAAAAAGAAGACUGUAGCAAAGAAAGAGAUUGAACAGACAGUUGCCAAGGUGUUUCAAGAUUUUUUGAAGAACAUGAUGCCAGCUACACAGAUGCAGGCAGACCAGAAAAAGGAUAUUCAUCGUCAAGAAGACCAAGAAGAAACACCCACGCAAAAGGAGCUAAAACAGCUUAGAGAAGAAUUGACAAGACUCCAGCAAAGACUGCAAGACGUUGAGAGAACGCCAGCCUUUAGCAGUGACGCAGACCCGAAGCCGCUAGACGACGAAGGCAAUAAUACGGACGUAUCGUUUGACGGGUCGUUUUGUACGGCUGAUUGUCAUGAACUUGACUAA